GUUGGUUUUGGUUUCUUAUCACCAUCAGAGGGAAGCAGAUUUUCCUCACAUAAAUUGCGGAAAACUCUAUCGCCAGCAGUUGAUCCAGGAUGGACGAAGAUCCUCCGAAUGCAUUCGACCUGAUCGUGGUGGGAACGGGUCUAUCGGAAUCGAUAGUGGCUGCGGCCGCCAGCCGGAUCGGCAAUACGGUUCUGCAUUUGGAUACGAAUGAGUUCUACGGCGGGUAUUGGUCGUCGUUCAAUCUGGAGAGUUUGAGGAACUAUGCGGAGGAGUGUUGUAGGGCGGAAAACGAAUCGCUGGCAAGGAAGGGUACCCCAGUGACAAAGGUCAGCGAGGAAUGGUACAACUUUGAAGAGUUGGGCGACGUGGACGGUUGGAACCGAGAGAAGAUUUUAGAGCAGUUCCGUCGGUUUAAUGUGGAUCUGUCUCCGAAGCUGUUGUACUCUCGAGGUGCAAUGGUGGAGCUGUUGAUUUCGUCUAAUAUCUGUCGGUAUGCGGAGUUUCGUGCAGUGGACCGGGUGGCAACGAUCUGGAAUGGGAGGAUCAUGACGGUUCCGUGUUCGAGGUCGGACGUGUUUACCAGUCGGGAUGUGAACGUGGUGGAGAAGCGACUGCUGAUGAAGUUCCUGCAGAGUUGUGCCAACUGGGACACGGAGGAAAGUGGUCAACACGAGGGACAAGACGUGGAGGGAAAGACCUUUCUGGAGUAUUUGAAGAACCAGAAACUGACGCCGAAUUUGAUCCACUAUCUGCUGUACACGAUUGCAAUGGGGAAUGAUCACACUGGCUGCCGAGCCGGCCUGGAAGGAGUGAAAAAGUUUCUUCUGAGUUUGGGCCGGUAUGGGAACAGUCCGUUCCUCUUUCCAAUGUACGGAUGCGGAGAGAUUCCUCAGUGCUUCUGUCGAUUGUGUGCGGUAUUUGGCGGAGUUUAUUGUUUGAGUAAACCCAUCGAGGAAAUUAUUUUUUCAACCGAUGAACAAGGCAAACGCUUCCAGUCGUUGAAAUGUGGCAAUCAAACUAUAGAGGCCAAGUCGGUGGUCCUCGGACAGGGCUAUGUGACGAAGGAUAUUUUCGAAGGCGAUAAGCAGGAAGAGAAACGAAACGGUUCGCAUUGUGGACACAUGGCUCGAGCAGUAUUUUUGACGAAUGUACCUUUGGGUGGAGUGUCGCAGAACCCUGGAGGAGGUGGAGUGUCGCUCAUGAAACUGCCGCCAGUGGAAGGACACGAAGACGGAGCGACCAUCAUCCAGUUGUCACAUUUCAGUGGCACGUGCCCGAAAGAUAUCUACCUUAUCCACGUGACGGCCAAAUCCGUGAGUGGCGAACCAAAAGUUGACCUGGAACCGUACGUGUCUCAGAUUUUCUCCAAAGAGUAUCUCAAGCCGGAAGCACCACCAGAUGCAGAAGAAGCCCCAGAGAACACCACAUCAACCAUCCUAUACGAGCUGUAUUUCAACAUUCCAAGCUGCAUUGCAUGCCAACACUCUUCGGGUAGCCUUCCUCGUGGGGUUCAUUUGGCAUGCGGUCCCUUGUACGAGUUGGACUUUGACGAGAGUAUAUCGCGAGCGCGAGCUAUUUUCAAAGACAUCUAUCCGGACGAGGAGUUCCUGCCGAGGGCACCCGAUCCGGAGGAAAUCAUCAUCGGCGACGAGGACCCAACGGAUCAGGGCCAGGAAGUGGUUGCCAGCGCCGAGGAAAGCGACAAGGUGGAAAGCGCUCGUGAGUGCCAGGAAGGUGAUUCCUCACCGGAAACGAGCCCAGCAGCUGCGGUCAGGACUGUUUCGGAUGACGCUCAGGAAGCCAAAGAAGAUGCAAUCGACAAUGCCGAGGAAUGCCUUGAGCAGAAAUAAAUUUACACUCCUAGAAAUGCUUGCUUUUGCCUAAUAAUUUAUUCCAACUGUGUUGAUAUUAUUGUUUAAUCCGUGUAUGUGUAAAAUCGCAGCGCUUUUCUAUUGUAACAUUUAGCGUCAAUAAUAAAUUACUACUCUCCUGCUUAAAGUGAA